AGGUCCGACCCCAGAGACCUGUCACGGCUCGCGCCUAGAGCUCCCUCCCCACCCCCUUCUUCGCCGUGCGAGUAACGGUGACACCAGGCUCGCGGCCGAGUAUUAAAGUGGCUGCGGGCGGUAGCGGGCCUAGGGUUCGCCCCAGGCAGCGUUGGAUUGUUCUGAAGUCCAGAUCUCUUCAAAGACUGCUUGACUGGUUGGAAAUUAUGCUAGUAAACCACUACCAACUGGAAACCAUGAAGCAACAUUUUACAUAGUUGAGAUUGAAAUCAUGGCAUCUUCAACAAAUCUAGAUGUUGGGGCACAGAUAAUUGUGGAAGAGUGCACCAGCAGCUAUAGUCUGUCUCACAUGCCAGACAUUAAAGUAGAGCAUCAGCUUGACUCCACCACCGAAGAAGGCCCAGCUCAGAGUGUCGCCAUGGGAAUGAAAUUCAUUUUGCCUAAUAGAUUUGAUAUGAAUGUCUGUUCUCGGUUUGUGAAGUCAUUGAAUGAAGAAGAUAGUAAAAAUAUUCAAGACCAGGUCAACUCUGACCUUGAAGUGGCGUCUGUCUUAUUUAAAGCUGAAUGCAACAUCCAUACUUCCCCUUCUCCUGGAAUUCAAGUAAGACAUGUCUACACUCCAUCAACAACUAAACAUUUUUCGCCCAUAAAACAGUCUACUACUUUAACUAACAAACAUAGGGGAAAUGAGGUCUCUACAACACCUCUCCUUGUAAAUUCUCUGUCAGUUCACCAGCUGGCUGCUCAAGGGGAAAUGCUUUAUUUGGCCACACGUAUUGAACAAGAAAAUGUAAUCAACCAUAAAGAUGAAGAAGGUUUUACCCCUCUGAUGUGGGCCGCAGCACAUGGGCAGAUAGCAGUGGUAGAGUUUCUGCUUCAGAAUGGUGCAGAUGCUCAGAUUUUGGGGAAAGGGCGAGAAAGUGCACUGUCAUUGGCCUGUAGUAAGGGAUACACAGAUAUUGUCAAAAUGCUGCUUGAUUGUGGAGUUGAUGUAAAUGAGUAUGACUGGAAUGGAGGGACACCUCUUCUAUAUGCAGUACAUGGAAAUCAUGUGAAAUGUGUAAAAAUUCUCUUAGAAAAUGGUGCUGAUCCAACUAUUGAGACAGAUUCUGGCUAUAAUUCCAUGGAUUUGGCUGUGGCUUUAGGCCAUCGGAGCGUUCAACAGGUUAUUGAGGCUCAUUUAUUGCAGCUCCUUCAAAACAUCAAGGAGUAAUGGCCUGCUGUUCAUAAAAAAUUGUUCCAGGCCUGAAGAUUUGGACUGUGUUUUAGCCCCACAAUCAGUGAUAAAGGCUUGUUAACUUAUUUAACUUUACCUCAGUGAAAAUAUUUGCUGGUUUUAGUAAGACUUUAGUACACUUUCUUUAUGUAUUUCACUGAUGUUCAUAGAAAUCUGUGAUAAUUGAUCCUUUUGUAAAUGUAUUUUAUGUAAAUUUUAAAAAAAUGUAAUCAAUGUGUGUUGCAUGAAAACCUUGAAUAAAAAUAUAAUUAUAGCUGCGUAAAUGUUCACAUUAAGUACAGUAGUUGACUUUCUACAGAGUAUUCCACUAGGUUGUGUCAAUGAUAUGGUAUCCACAUAGACUUCGUUUUAGAUUUUUAGGUGUGUACCACAGAAGACAAGUUUCUUUAUUGUUUAUAGGACAAAAAAAAGUGCACAAUGUGUGGUUGUUUACAAAUUCUUAUGCAGUUGAAUUAAAAUACUUUGUCAAUUUC